AUGAGGCCAGAAGGGAGGAGGAGAGCAUGGCAGCACUACCGUGAAGCCUACACCAGCUUCAGUCAGGCUGGUCAGGAGCCCCACCAGGAGGGAGAGCUCAAUGACUGUGGCCUGAUUGACACUGACUACACCAGCUACACCAUCAUCUUUGGCCACCGAGACUACAAGGGGCAGAAGAUCUCAGUGCUGUUUCUCUAUGGCAGAAAUACUGAAGUGAAAUCCGGCGUGUUAGAGAAAUUCAAUGACACCAUGAAGGAGGUGGGACUUUCCAAGGAACAGAUGGUCAUGCUGCCCAAAGCCACGGAGUCGUGCCCCCGGAGCCUAGACUGCACCCUGCAGCGCCGGGAGCUCUGCCCGCCGGGGUCCCACACCUGCGGGCCCUGCCUCCAGCAGUUCGUGGAAGACGACCAUGGGCGAUGCGUCCAGAAGAAACACUCACCCAGUGGGAGGACUUUGGUUCCCAGCUUAGAGGAAGAAAUCGAUUUUCUGGCGGACGUGCUGGCCAGGCAAGAUGCUCCUCACCCCCACCCGCUGCGCGAUGGCAACCCCAGAACCGUCCCAGCCACGGUGGGGAGGCAUCGCAUGGCCAGCAGGUUGAGAGGGGAGUCUUUGCAGAGGGAUCCUGUCAGCAGCAAGGCAGCCACGACCCUCCCCACCUCUACCACUGAGGCAAUCCAGAAGUACCCUCUGGAGGCAUCCCCCAUCCCUUCCAACGAUGACGUGGUGCUCGGGCUGAUUGUGGUGUGCACCGUGGCCGGGAUCUCUGCUCUAAUCGUGGCUGCUGUCUGCUGGUGCAGGCUGCAGAAGGAGGUCAGGCUGGCGCAGAAAGCAGACUACUCGGCGCAGAGAGCAUCCAGCCCUUUGCCCUACGACAACAUCUCGCCCGGGGACAAGACGCUGGCUCAGAGUGCCCAGAUGUACCACUACCAACACCAAAAGCAGCAGAUGCUCUCCAUGGAGAAGCAUAAAGAGGAGCCCAAGCUGCCAGAUUCCGCUUCGUCUGAUGAGGAGAAUGAAGAUGGAGACUUCACUGUGUACGAGUGCCCAGGGCUGGCUCCGGUAAGGCAUGGGGUCAGAGCGGAGGCUGGAGCGGGGCACCCACGAGCUCUGCUCCAGCCAGCCAGCACCCUCUGCGCGGCCGAGCGGCAGGUGCAGGCAGAGGGGAACAUGCGCAUCCAGGGUGGGCUCUGGGGUGUGUGGGUCCUCGCGAGGAGACCUUUUAAAAAUGUCCUUUAUCAAAUUCUGCGGUGGUCCAACCCCACCAUGUCCCCCAUCAGCUCCAAGCAGAGCACCCGCUGUCCCACUCAGCUCGAACACCGGGUGCUCCCCCGGCCAGAGCUGCUGGGACAGUUCAAGGCGAUGCGAGAUGGGGCUGCUGCUGGCCCCCCUGUCCACGCUGGGUGCUGGUGGCUGUAG